ACAUGUCCAUCGGAUGUAAAUGUAUGUAAAAAAAUCUAAAAACAAUGAAAAUAAUUGUCAAGGAAGUAUUACAACUGAUGUCAACAUUAAAGUUAUUGUUUCUAAAACUGACCAUAAUCAUAAUGUCUGCCCAGUUGAAGUAGAGGUAAUAAAAUCAUUAUCAUCAAUGAAAAAUAAUGCAAAAAAUAAUUCUGAACCCCCUUCUAUUAUAUUUUCCAAAGCCAUAAUAAAUUUAUCUAACGAAGCAAAAUUGUUAAUGCCUGCAGAAAACAGCGUAAAAAGAAGUUUAAGAAGAGUUAAAAAUGCAUCUUAUCCACCCUUAGUACCAGUAAAUGAGUUGAAAGUUACUAGUAUAUGGGCAACAACAGGAGGUGAAAAUCCUCAGCCAUUUUUAUUAUACGACAAUGAAAAUAAUGAAAAUAGAAUUAUAAUUUUUUCAUCUACUGAAAGUUUGCAAAUAUUAAAAACGUCAACAUAUUGGUACAUGGAUGGAACAUUUUCAACUGCGCCUACAGGCUUUAAUCAAGUUUAUAUUAUUCAUGGUAAAAUGGGCUCAACAACAAUUCCUUUGGAAUAUAUACUUCUUCAAAAUAAAACAAAACUAACUUAUACCGAAAUGCUUUCUGUUAUUUGUGAAAAAUGUCCAAAACGUGAAGUGGUACAAAUAACAAUAGACUUUGAAAAAGCUGUCAUUCUUGCAAUUGAAAAAGUACUACCAAAAGUAAAAAUUCACUGUUGCUAUUUUCACCUGUGUCAAUCAGUAUGGCGAAAAAUCCAAGAGUAUGGGCUAGUCAAAAAAUAUAAAGAAGACAAACAAUUUCAACAAGAUAUUGCAAUGAUAACUGGUCUUGCAUUUUUACCAGUCAAUUAUGUCAAAAAAGGUAUGGAAAUUUUAUUAAAAAUUAGUAAAAAAAUUUCAUAACCAAGAUGCUGAUCAAAUUCUUACGUACUUUGAUACGACUUAUGUUAACGGUCGUUAUAGAAAUAAAAAAAACAUAGACUUAAAAUACAUACAAGAAAACCACCGUUAUUUCCGCCUUCUAUAUGGAACGUGUUUGACUUAACUAAAGCUGGUAUAGGUAGAACAAACAAUAUUUCGGAAGGGUGGAAUAAUAAAUUUACAACACUAGUGAGAAUUAAUCAUCCUAAUAUUUGGCUUUUUAUUGAAGCUCUACAGAUGAGCAACUCAAGUGCAUUAGUAAAAAUAUUAAAUUAUAGAGCAGGAGCUUUUCGUGAUAAUUUAAGAACAGAUGAUAGGUUAAAACAAUUAUGUGAAAGUUUUUUAAAUGAUAAUAUUUUAAUUUUUUUAAUUUCC